AUGGCGACGCCGCGGACGCCGGCGCGCGCGCGCGCGACGGCGCGCGCGCGCGUCGACGCGCGCCGAGCGACGCGCGCGCGCGCGCGCGGGGAGAGUGCGCGCGCGGCGACGUCGGAAAACGCCGGCGCGCGCGUCGCGCUCGUCGCCGGCGCGCUCGCGGUGUCGCUGGCGCGCGACGUCGACGUCGCGAGGGCGUUCGUCGGCGACAUCGCGCUCGACGACGUGCGGUACGAGGCGAUGGAGAGGUGUCCGGAGAAUCAGUACGUGCCAAACAAACAGAAGACGACGUGCCUGCGGUUCACCGCGCGAGCGACGAAUGCGGUGAAAGGACGGACGAUCGAGAGCGCGAACGUGUUUGGGUUCGUGGAAGACGCGCAAGGGAACAGCGCGGCGACGGUGAACGCGGAUGGGAAUUCGAGGACGGUGUUGGCGAGCAUCGACGCGCCGAUACCGAAGGGCGAGUCCGACGUGCACUUCGUCGUCACGGUGUUCAAGGACUCGUUGGAGAAUAAUGGGCCGUUGAGAUUGAAAGCGUUCAAGGCGGUGGGAUCGGUGGCGGAUAUCGAUAAGCGGUUCACGCCGUUCGACGCGUGCGAGGUCGAUCCGGACUCGUGUCUUUGA